UCCUAAUUAGGAUUAAUUGAACAGAUUUGUCAUUUUUCUUUUGAAAGCUAUUUUCGACAAAACUUUCAAAUUUUCGACAAACCAAAAAUGUCAAUUAUAAUGACACAAAAUCAUAAUUAACGUCACAUGAUUAAUAUUAUAUGCAGUUCAUGUGUUUUGAUCUAGUUAUACCCUAGUAAAGUAACUUGUAAUGUUUCAUUAUCAUUCAAUUUUAUCAUUCAUAUCCUUCUUAUAUGGAUCGUAUAACUAUUUAAGAUCUUAAUUAUCACUUGAAAUCAAUAUAUCAACGAGUUUUGUCUACUAUUAUAGACAUCAUUUUUUGAAGUAGUGUACUAUGGUUAAGAAAAAGUAGUUAACAUAGAUAUCCCAAAAAUAGUAUUGAAUUAUACUAAAUUUAAUUAUAUAAAGCUUAUAAUUAAAAGAAAGAUUUAAAAUAGCUUUUGAAGAGAGAUGUCUACAGGGGUUGAUGAAGAAUUAGAAAUAUGGAGAGAUGACGUUAGCUCGGUAGAAGAGGUCAUUCACAAAUUAGAAUUACUUAGAGAUGCUAAAAGAUAUGAAAAAUCAAAGAAAUUUACUACAGUCAUUCCAAAUUCUGAAUUUAAAACCAUAGAUAGCUGGAAGUUCAGUGAUUUCAGCUAUGCAAAAGUGGAUACUCUUCCUAUCAAUGCUCGUGGUUUAUUCACUAUCAAUUCAAAUUCCAUUGCUAUUAGAGGGUACGAUAAAUUUUUCAACAUUGAUGAAACUGAUUCUACUAAAAAGCAAAAUUUGAAAACUAAAACUGUUGGUCCUUAUAAAGUUACACUCAAAGAGAAUGGAUGUAUAAUUUUCAUUGCUGGUACUGAAGAAGGUCAAUUAUUAGUUUCUUCGAAGCAUUCAAUAGGUCAUAGAGAUGAUGUCGAUAAGAAUCAUGCCCAAUAUGGCGAAUCAACCGUGUUAAAUCAAUUAAAUGAAAUUGGUAAAAGUGCUACUGAUUUAGCUAAUUAUUUAUAUAAGUAUAACCUUACUGCAGUGGCUGAAUUAUGUGAUGAUGAAUUUGAAGAGCAUGUAUUAGCUUAUACCAAAGAUAAAGCAGGGUUAUAUUUGCAUGGAAUAAAUUAUAAUACAAUUCAAUUCAGAACAGUACCAAUAGAAAAAGUGGUUAGCUUUGCUCAUGAUUGGGGGUUUAAAACAGUGGAUUAUCUUUCAUUUGAUAAUAUUGAUGACUUCUUUACAUUCUAUGAUAAAUGUUCAGAAACAGGUACUUAUGGUGGAAAAGAAAUUGAAGGAUUUGUGAUUAGAUGUAAAGAUAUUGAACAUAAGGAUUUCUUCUUUAAAGCCAAGUUUGAACAACCUUAUUUGUUAUAUCGUCAAUUCAGAGAAGUAACCAGAAAAGUGUUUAUUGAAAACAAACCAUUAAAUCAAAUUCAUAUUCCAAAAAAUAAACUUAUUACAGUCCAGUAUAUCAAUUUCGUUAAGGAUCUUUUUCUGGAAAAUCCCGAAUUAAAAGAAAAAUUCGCUGCAAACCAUGGGGUGGUAGAAUUAAGACAAUCAUUCAUUGCUAGUUUAAAUGAAAGUUUUGGUAUAAAUUUAUUAAAUAUCGAUAGUUUGAAUGAAAAAUUCUCCAAUGAAUUAGCCGCUGCAUCAUUAGAAACUAUUAAAUAUGUCAUUGUCCCCAUUGCAACCAUUGGAUGUGGGAAAACUACUGUGUUUGAAACUUUAACUCAUCUUUUCCCUGAUUGGGUUCAUAUCCAAAAUGAUAAUAUUGGUAAAAGUGCUAAGAUUAAGAUUGUGGAAAAGACCGUGAUAGAAUUAAAUCAAACUAAUUAUCCCGUAGUGUUGCUUGAUAGAAAUAACUGCGAAUACCGUGAAAGAAGACAAAUUUUACAAGAUUUCGAAACGUAUAGUAAGAAAUAUCAAGUGGAACCAUUUACAGUUAAAUUCAUUGGAUUAAAUUUUGUCGGUGAUAAAGAUAAAUUAUUUGUAAAAAAGAUAACGUUAGAUAGAAUCAAAAAGAGAGGUGAUAAUCAUCAAUCAAUUAAAAGUGCCACUGAUGAAGAAACUUCUAGAAGAGUCUUGGAUAAUUUCAUUUACAGAUUCCAAGCUGUGGAUACUACAAAAUAUCCUGAUAAUCAAUUUGAUCUUAUGAUUGAUUUAGAUCUUGAGGCUGAAUCUUCAUUGAUAAAUGUGCAUACCGUCUUACAAACUUUGCAUACGGAAUUCCCUGCCUUAGUUAAAAACAUCCCUGAUGAAGAAGCCGUAAAAGUGGCUUUUGAAAAAGCAUUGAAUACCAAACCAACUUUUACGAAAAUCAUGAAUAAUAAAAAACAAGUACAAUAUUACGCCUUCAAUGUUGAAAAAGAUUUAUUACUAGAACAGUUAAACGUAUACUUACAAGAUAAUGAGCAAUGGAAAAAGUUAAUAGAAUUGAAUAGAGUCCAAGACGAGUUUCAUGUAACAUUAGGUCAUGUCUCUAGCCAUAGAGUUCAAGAAUCAAAAGCAAAAUGGAAAACAUUAGUGAGACGAUUCCAAACUGUAUUUGAAUAUGAUGAUCAAAAUGUGCUUAAUUAUUAUGGUGAUAUUAGAUUAUUAAAAGUUGUCAUUAAUAAAGAAAAAUUAAUUUGCAUUCUUGUUGAAUUAUUGGACGUUUAUUCCGUUAAUAAAGUAGAUCCCAUCCCUAAAGUUGAACCAACCAAUAAAUAUUUACACAUAACUUUAGGUACCUUUGAUAAAUCCAUAGCAGCUUUUCAAUCCAACGUUACAUUAUCUAAUUUAUCUGAAUCAAGAGAAAUUCUUGGUUUAGAAGAUGAUGAAUACACUGUGGCCAAUGGUGAUGUGAUUCAAGUCAUAAAUUUCAAAAAUGAUAUCGUAUUUAAAGGCCAAUGGUUAUAUGCCCAUUUCUAAAAUGCGAGUUUACAUAUCAUAAAUUAGAUAACUCUAUAUAGGUUAGAAAAAUUCUUGUCAAUAUAAUGUACCUAGAUCAGAAUAUAUACAUCUUCAACUCAAGUUACACAAUAUUUUUGAACUAUUUCAUCAUUUUUAACAAUUUAUGGAAUUGUACGUAUUACCUAUCACAGUUCAACGUUACCACUUAUCAUUUGCCGCAGUAAUAAAAGACAAUUUCCAUCUAAUAAUGAAGACAUAU